CCAAGUUUCUACUGAAUACAUAUUGAAGAAGAAGAAGAAGAAGAAGAAGAAGAAGAAGAAAUAAGCACCAAAUAAAUUGAGUCAAUUAUUUUAAGUUUUCUCUAAGAGGAGAGUCAAUUAACAUUUCCUUAUUUAUAAAAUUCUCUGAAAGUUUUGUAACCAUGUUUGUACGGUAAGACAAGAUUUUAUACUUUCCACCUUCAUGUAGAGAAAUAAAAAAAAUCUUGUUGUGCAACUUGAUGUGGUGUUUUUAAGAAAAACCAGCCCACUGAAAAACCAUUAUGGUAAGAAUCAGUAACAGAAGCAAUAGAAAGUUCAAGCAAAUAACCAUCUGGUAGAAAAAUUUUUAAAACCUUAUAAAUAUGCUACAUCCCAGUUAACUAUAAUGCUGCAAGUAAUCAAUACUACCUCAAUAUUAGAAACAUUUUAUGACGGCUCAAGAAAUUGAUUUUUUUCCAACCUCAAGCUCAAGCUCAAGCUCAAGCUCGAGUAAUAGCAGUGAUUCAGAAGAAUCUGUUACUUUAAAAAAAAAUACCGUAUAUGAAAGAAUCAGAUUAAUAUAUUAUAGAAAUAAUAAAGAUUAUUUAAAUUACAGAACUUUUAAAGGAUUUGAAAUUUCUCAAGCACUUCAUAUUGGUGAAUUAUUAACUAAGAAAAAUAUAAAAGUUAAUAAACUCCUAAAGACCGAUUAUGAAGGUUAUACAAUUUGGGAGUCUUCGGAAGAUUCAGAAUUUACUUCAGGAAUUAUUACAGAAAACUUCAGCGCUACUGACUUUGAUCUUUGGAUUAUACAAUUAGUUAUUGAUACUUCUAAAAUUAAAUAUUCUAUACCCCACACUGAAUUCAAAAAAGAACGAUAUACGGAUUUAAUUACUGAAAAGUUUAAUAGUGAAUUAAAAAAUCAUGUUGAUGGUGAUCAAUGGGAAGCUAUCGGAAGAUCGGUAUUCUUUAAAAAUGUCGACUUUUUUACAUCAAGAUGGAAACCUUUAGAAGCAGUUCUUCCUGCAUUCCCUUGUAAAUCUUCUAAUGUUGAAAAAGUUUCUGGUCAGAUGCCAGAUAAGGGUGAAGAAUUAGCUUUGAGAAGAUUAAUUAACUUUUCGAGGUCAAUUCAAAAGGUAUAUCCCCCAGGAUUAAUUAUUUGGAUUGUCAGUGAUGGCCAUGUAUUCAGUGAUUGUAUUGGUGUGGAUGAUCUUAUGGUCAAUAAAUAUACUAUAGCCUUGAAAGAAUUAUAUGCAAAAGUUAGUAAGGAAUUAAAUUUUGAUUGUAUAAAAUUUAGUUCUCUACCAGAUAUAUUUUCAUUGAGGACUUCAGAAUUCAAUGAAGAUAUUGUUGCUGAUGUUGAAUUAGAACAUCACCUUGGAACUUGUAUUGACAAGGAGUCAGAAACCUGUCGUAAGAUAUUGGUCACCGCAUGUGACACUGAUGAUGGGCAAUUAAAGAAAGAUAUCAAUACACCUGAACAUUCAAGAUUAUAUUUGUUUAGAGGGUUUUCUAAGUUUAUGACUGAAGAUUUAGAACUUCAUCCAAAAGUUGCAAAAAUGUCUAGAAAGAAAUUUAAAAAGUUGGUUGCUAAGGUUGCUUUUGAAAUGAUUAAACGAAAUGAUGCUUACUCCAACUUGGUAGAGUUAAUAUUUCCUUUCCAUUUGAGAUUAUCAAUUCAUUCUCAUAUCAAUAGUGGACCCAAAUUUGGAAUUGCCUUAUUGAGCAAACAGGGACCAGAGAAAUGUCAAGUAAUUAAAAAGAUUACGGAUCAUAAACAACCAGCAACUACCGACUUUCUUCAUAUUCCUACUCCUUGGCACAAUUCUAUUGUUAAGAUCAAUAAUCAGGACACUUUUUUUGUUAUUAAAUCUAUCGAAGUUAAGGAAGAACUUGAUAAAGGUAAAGGAGUCGGAGGAUGGGACUCAUCCAAACUUCACUACACUUUUGUUUCCAAAUGAAUUUCAUACACUAAUCGUAACGCUCAAUUAAUUAAUUUACUCUGCUCU